AUGGAAAACGGUGAAAUUCGACACAUGUUCUGUGCGGGUGAAAUUUCCAAGAUCAACUAUCAAGCUUUCGGCGACGUCCUCGCAUUCGACGCUACUUAUCAAACCAAUAAGUACAAUCUGAUCUUCGUUCCGUUUACUGGGGUUGACAACAACAAGCGGUGCGUCACUUUUGGAGCUGGCCUAUUGUUUUGUGAGACAAUUGAGGCGUACACAUGGCUGUUAAGGGCUUUCCUCGAUGCGCACAACAAGCAGCCCACCCUUGUGCUAACUGACCAAGACCCGGCCAUGCGGCAAGCAGUGGCUGCUGUGUUUGAUCGUUCACUCCAUCGCCUGUGCAUGUGGCACAUCAUGAAGAAAUUACCUGCGAAGGUUACAGGAGAGGUCGUGCAUAACACUGAAUUCAGGGCUGCCCUUCAUAAACUGGUAUGGAACAUUUAUAUUAAAUCGGAGACAUUCGAGAUGAGAUGGGGGAAGCUGCUAGAGAAGUAUGGGCUCGAAGAUCACGAGUGGGUCCCGGCUUAUUUUAGAGAAAUCCCAAUGUCAUGUUUGAUGAAGACUACAUCCCGAUGCGAGAGUUCGAACUCUGCGUUUAAGGUGAACUCGUCCUGGGCGAACACCCUUGUCCAGUUUUUUUUGUGUUAUGACUCCAUGUUGGAGUCCCAACGCUACAGGCAGAGGGUUGGGGACUUCAAGGCGGAUGAUCGCGCGCACGAGUUCAAGUCUGGUUUGGCGAUAGAGAAGCACUGUGCAUUAUUGUAUUCCCCGGCCAUAUUCGUCGAGGUCCGCAAAGAGAUCCUGAAGGGCCUUUUACACUGCUACACUACUGGUGUCGAAGAAGUCGACGGGAGAAAGAUAUAUACUGUUACGCAUUUGGACAAGCGUUCCGAUGUCGUCAAUGAAAUCACGGUUAAAGUCGACCCUGUCGAGGACACUACAACAUGCUCCUGCAACCUUUGGUGCCGUAUUGGAUACCUUUGCAGGCAUAUAUUUUGCGUCUUCCGGCAAACAAAGGUGGACGAAAUCCCGGCUAAGUAUGUGCUUAGUCGUUGGGGACGUCACGUGUUGCCGAAGUCGGUUUUUCGUGUAGAAUUCAGGUAUGGGGUAGAUUUGUCUCCGGUUUCGUUAACCAAGAACACCCUAGUGGACUGCUUUUCCGAAGCGCUUCAGGCUGUGAUGGGCGACCGGGCAGCAAUGGAGGAUUUCAUUGAAAAAAUCAAAGGCUGGACAAAAGAAUUGAAUGACGAUCGACGUGGUAAAAGAGUCGCUGAGGCAACAGAAUCACAGGUUAUGGCUGAUAUGCUUGGCGUGGUGGUGGAAGGCUCGUCGCCAAGACCUCCCAAUCAAACUGCGAAAGCCAAAACAGUGCAAGUGUGGAGCCCUGAGCAGAUGAGUUUGGUGUCUAACCCAGACACUUGUUGGCUCCCUAUCCAGCGUGAUGGCGGUGACUCAGGGGUGCAAGUAUGGGAUCGUCGCCGACUGGAGAUGAAUUCAGACCCAGGUUUGGUUUGCUCGCCGGGCCCCGUUACGCAGGUUCGUGGGAACUUUGGUUCCCCGCCAGCCCGUUUUGCUUCGCCCCCUCGUGUUGGAGUUGCUUUUCGUCCUUCCCAAGGAGCUGCUUUCAGGACGCCACCGUCUGAAGGUGGAAGCGAGAGGUCAAAGGGCAAGCAGCCAAUGACUCAGGUUUGGGUACCUAAGGCGACAAAAGGGGAGGUUACUUAUCCCUAUCAUGGUUGCAAGGGUGCAGCGGCUGGUUCGGAUACGGCAUUCUUUUCGUGGGGGUCGGACUGCGACUCUGAUUUGGAUUAG